AUGUGGCUCAUUAUCUUUGUAAUUCUUACUGCAGUCCUUCCCGGCUGCGCGGAGGCCUCUGCUCAUUACAUGUAUGAUGGGGAAUACGACGUGUUGAGAGUGGGGGAGGUGCGAUUUAAUGACACCGUGGCAUUUCCCGCAAGUAUGGCCACCGAGGUGCGACGACGGUACGUGUUAACCGGGGUGGAACUGGGCACGCGGUAUCUCGUUCAUCUCUCGCACUUGGGCUCACCGUCCAUUGAAUACCGGAUACACGUGGGGCGUGUGCACAGAUCUGCCAUCAAGGGAAAAAUAUGGCCUGCGAAGGAACUCGCCCCGGGCCGGCGGAAGCUUGCGGAUGUUAUCAUGUUGCACUUUAAGACACACGUGGAUGAGCUGCUCUUUGAGUAUAUUGACGGGGAUGGCGAUGUCGACAACGGUGACAUCGAGUAUGGGGUCAAGAAUGACGAAUUGGUUGUGUUGGAGAUUCGCGGUACACGUAAUGCCUUUCCAGUUCAACCUGACAAAUGGCGGAAGUUCUCCUACAACCUGCGCGUGGAGGCCAUAGGGAGCGGCAGUGGAAUCAACCGGCUCAUCAUGUGGCACGCCAUGUUGGUGAUCACCGCAGUAGCUGUCGUUGUGGUGCUCGUGCCACGACUCAUUGGAAAUACCAUUGCCUGUGAUGCCCCGAUGCCGACACGUCCACGGUAUGAUUUUCUUAUUUUUUUAGUAAAUAAAAGAACAAAGACAAAAGCAUAA